AUGAUGACGUGCCGUCUGCUGUGCGCCCUGUUGGUGCUCGCCCUGUGCUGCUGCCCGUCCGUGUGCGCGACAGCGGUUGUCGUGGAAGAAGCUAACCGCAGUACGGACUCCGAUACGCAAAAGGGUGUAGGUGGGACGAACGUUAAGCAAAACGGAACAAAUGGGAGCCCAGAACUAAGGACCAAAGAGUCCGUGGAUGAAGGUGAGAGCGGUACGCAAGUCAUAGAAGGCAGACUCACCGAUGUGAUCUCCAACAGUGGUGGUGCGUCCGGUGAGCCAGGGAAACCAAGCGCUGUGGAUCAAUCCGCAAAAAAAACAAAAUUGGAGGUUCCUGUGGGAAAAACGACGACCACGACGACAACCACAACGACCACAACUACAACAAUGGCACCAACUACUACAACAACAACCACCACUGCGCCGGAUGCACCAAACACUACGACUACAGAGGCGCCAACUACGACGACCACCCGCGCACCGACACGUCUUCGUGAAAUCGACGGCAGUCUCAGCAGCUCUGCGUGGGUGUGUGCCCCGCUGCUGCUCGCCGUAUCCGCGCUGGCGUACACCACUCUGGGCUGA